UCGGAAGCGGGCGACGAAGAUGGUCAGGGAGAGCAAGGAACCACCGUUCCCAUGGUCGCCAGUUCGACGGCCGGGCAGGGUGAUGUUCACGGCCAGGGCGCGGGCGAUGGAGCGGUGGGCGGUGGAGCGGUCGGCGGACAACCUGCGAAUGGCCGCCCGCCAGCUCAGAAGAAGGCAAACGUCCCAUGGACGUUGGAUGAGUGGGUGAAGCUUGCGAUUUUGAUGGGUGAGGAUGAUGCCCUUAUGGCCGAUGCUAACGGCCAGCACCGAUGCAAGCAGAGGAAAGAGCGGUAUGUAUGGGUGAAUGAUAGGAUGGUAGACGCAGGCUUCAAGCAUAGGAGCGGUGAAGACUGCCGCAAGAAGUGGUCGAACAUGCUAGCGACGGCCAAGCUCAUCGUCGAGAAGUGUGAAGCGUCUGGACAACCAUCGUAUUGGGGUAUGUCUACGGAGGAACGAAAGGAGAAGAGUCACCCGCUUUCGUUUGAGAAGGCUGUGUGGGAUGCUAUGCAGUGGCAGCUAAAUCGGUCGUCGAUUAGGUGUGACAACACGAUGGCCUCAGAGAACCUUCCGGGCGUUGGAACAGAUGCACCACUGGCGGGAGGAUCGGACGGAAGAUGCGCAGAGGAAUCGGACAAUUCUGCUAAAUCGACGCGGACAGCUCAGAAGAAGGCGAGAAAGGAAGAUCCUGGCAGCAGCAUGUCGAGUUUGGGCAGGGCCAUGGAGGAUUCCACUCGAUCUUACUGCGAUGGCCUGGACAAAGCGGCUUCCACCCUUGCCAAAGCCACCGCAGACGCGGGGUGUGCAAUGGCUGCUCAGAUAGGGGACGUGGCCGAAGCAAUGCGGGGUGGCAAUAGUGUUUUAGAGUUGCUAGUGGGUGUCCUUGCUCGGAGGGGGGCGAACGUAGGUGACGGCGACGAAGGUCCGACUCAUCGCGACGACGACGACUGUGGUCACAGGGAUUGUCAUCGUUACCGCGAUUAUGACGACCAUAAUGAUGAUGACGAUGACGGUGACGAUGAUGAUGAUGAUGAUGAUGAUGAUGAUGAUGACGAUGAUGAUGAUGAUGAUGAUGAUGAUGAUGACGAUCAUGCUGACGAUGACAGUGAUGCUCAUGACGAUAAUGACGUUGACGAUGAAGUUCAAUCAAUCCUUCAACGGGAGGAAGCGACGAUCGGUCGUCCGUAAUGUUUUUUCAGCUUUGCUAUGGGAUAACGACUGUCUUUUUUUUUACAUCAUCGAACUUUGUUGUCCGUCCAUGUUGGAAGAGAGUCAAGCAUUCGUUACGGAGUUUAAUUUUUUUUUUUUUUUUCGUUUGAAAUCGAUGCACUUUGCUUGGUGGAAGUUGUUUUUUUAAUUUUUUAUCGGGUUCUUUUUUUUUUCCGUUUUUUCCCCCUCACAGGAGUGUCACGUCAAUUCCUUUUUUUUGUUUGUUUUGUUUUUGUCUUUGUUGUUCGGGUUUGAUGUUCUCGACGAUGUCAUGACACUUGGGGCGUCGUAUAUGGAUGUGCAGUGUGUUCUGAUGUAAUUCACCGCACCGGAAUUCGUCAAACGAACGGUUCAAGCAAACGAAAUGAAUAUGUCACUCGCAC